CAAAUCAAGACACCUAAAUCUUCAAAUGUGGACACCAAUGACCCAUAGCCACCAAGUACAGGAGCUCAUUAGGCGAAGACGUUCAUUCUGUUCACUUCUGUUUGAAUCAUUUGAACAAAGGUACUCAAGGUCGUGGGGGGUGGGUUCGAUUCCGUUCUGGAUUUUAUUGUCAACGAUGGGUCACGUUCUGGCAACGUAUAAGGACCCAGAAUCUAUGCCGGAUAUCUUCAAAGGCCCUGUCUUUGAUCCGGUUGACGGUUUUCCUGAGGGCCGCAAGCGUCGAGAGUUCAUAUUGACUAACGAAGAAAUGAUAGCUGCAAGACUAAAACCUUACGAACGAGAUUACUGCGCUCACCUUUUGCUAGCUUUCAGGAAAUGCUUAAAUGAACAUGCUAUACCAGCUUUUUUCUGUUCCGAUCAGAAACAUAAAUAUCUUCAUUGUAAAGAAAAUGACCAGUUGUAUAGAAUGAAGGAAUACGAACGCGAACGCCGUCUUUUACACAAGCGUACAUCGACUUCAGAAUGAUGCAUAAUAACGAGGAUAUCGUAUUGUACAAUAAUCUCGAAGAAAACGAACAAAUACAGACAAUUAUGCCUAGAAGUUUGUUUCAUCUUGUUAUUACUGCAUAAUGAACAUUUAGAAAGAGGAUGUUCUUCAAAUUAUUUGUAGUUUAUACUCUAUGGUGUUUACUUUUUUGGUUUGCAAAUAUAUACUUCUCAACUAGUUACUCAGUGGUGUUUUAGACUAUAAGUGAUUAUCAAUAUACAAUUAGCGAUUAUGACUUUUAGGGUCUCGGUUUAGUGGAGUACUGAUAGAUAGUAUUUUCAGAACUUGCUUUUCACUUAUUGGCUACAAUCCUUUUAAUUAUUGUACUAAUGGAAUUGUUUUUUAUGUUUAGGAAUAGAUAAAUUUAGAAGCCAAGUUGUUCUUGUUCUGGCCAUA